UAAAUAAUAUCAUUCAGGAAAAUAGAAAUCCCGUCCAUGCAAUAAAAUUUCCGAUCGAUCCUUGACAGAAAAGUUAAUAGAGCGUCGGAGACGUUCCACAGCAUCGCUGGCAGCCAGGCGCUUCGUCAUGUAGCCAUGAAGAGUAUUUGCAUUGCUCGUGCGCAUUUUUCGCCUGCCAAGUGUUUGACAAAAUGUUAGGUUAAGGGUGAUGGAACUUGCAUGUCGUGUUAUUUGUAAUAAAGAGGAUUUGGGCUAAUAAUGAACUAUAGGCAUUUACAGAAGUUUUUUACUUCAAAGAGAAGUGGUACUUUCCACUUUCAUUAUCUGUCAUAUCACUGCUCGAGAGGAUCCCAGGAAGAAGUUUUGCCGUUUGAAUGGUACGAGAAAGCAUUCCCAACUAUAACAAAUUUGACCCACCAGUUACGAUAUGUGGACUUGAUUGAUGGAAAGCUUCUAAAUAUCAAUGAUGGUUCAAUCAUUAUCGAUAAUCAUAUUUCACAGAAGAUGCAUACUUUGAAGUCACUUGUGAGGGUCUUUGUUGGGUCUCCAUUUGUUCAGCAAAAUCUAAGGGACAGCAUAGAGGCCGUGUCAGCUAAUGCAGAGCUGAAUCCAGCUGCUUCUUUUAGCAAAUUAAGUGAAAGAGAGCCUAUGAUUGUGGAUUCACUCACCAAAAUAAGCAAUUUCCUUAAUAUAUCUGCUCAACAGAGGAAGUUGGUGCGUCACACUAUAUGCCCACAGGUAACGAAGCACCGGAUAUGGACAGGUGCACUCAUGAAAAUAUUAAAUGGGUUGAAAUCAGAGAUGGAUGAAUAUUCAGGCAAAGGGAGUAACAUGGGGCAUCAGAUAGUUUCUAGCUGCUUAAGGUUCUUAGCUGAUAACUACAUUUCAGAUCAUGACGGCACUUCAUGGAUGCAGCUUCGGCCCCCUAAAACUAUGGAAUCUUCUGGUUCUGGUACAUGGGAAGAUGUCCUUGAGAUGUUUAAUGAUCUAAUUGGGUGCUUAGGAAGUGAGAAGGGAUUACUUUAUCAUGUGGCGAAGCUUGAGGUAAUGAAAGAAGGGUUGUCUCAAAUCAAGGAUGUUUUGGUUGAUAAAGGUAUUGGAUACAGGGAGGCUCAACACCAAGAAAGCCUGGUGCAGAAGAAACUCUCAAAGACGUUGGGUCACUCUUCACGCUGUUUGUUCACACUUUUAUUGUAUUACCUCUAUAGACAUGUUAGAGACAUUGAAGUUGAUUUAUGUGGUGGAAUUUAUGGCAAUGAUGGUGGGAGUACAUUUCGCUUAUACAUGGGAAGGAUUUUGACCUCGGAUGAAGAGAAGAUGGUCGGAAGUGGGGUGAAGCAGUUGCACAGGGCUCUUGCGCUAUUCAAAUUUAUAUGGGAAACAGCAGGGAUGCAAGGAGUUUUGGAAUUGCAAGGUCACAUGUGGUGUAUUGGCGCCAAAGAUAGGACACUCACAUAUAGAGGAACCUUGUUCUUUGUACAUGGUAUUAGUCUUUGACAUAAAUGCAAUGGAAUUACCAAAUCAGUUGUAAUUUUCACAGUGCAGAUUGAGAUUUGAUCAAGAUAUUUCACCUAUUCCCUGUUGCUUUUGUUUAUCAAAUUCGUCAUGGAAUACUGGGAUAAAAGAAAUUAUUAUCCUUGUAUUAUUAAUGAAGUAAGCUUGUUUUAAUCA